CAUUUCUCAGGAUUUCUCCCUUGUGGCUGUAUGCUAAUACGUCCUUUUUCAAGGCUUGAAAGUUAAGGGUUCCGAAAAGGUUACUAUUUGUUUCUUUCUACAUCUAUACGAUACAACGAAUUCAUUGCUCUUCGAACAUGUCAGAAAUCAAAACUAAAGAGAACAGCCUAUUAUCGCUAGGCAUCGGGGGAAGAAAUAAGUUGGAUUUCAAUCAGGCUUCAGUUUAAAAGGAAAAAAUGGUUCUUAAAAUUGCAGCUGAAUGUAAAUUAUCCACUGUGUGGCACCACUUAAGGGCCCUUCAAUGCAAACCCACAGGAUACCCAUUAGCCUCAAUGGUUUUUUCAGGGUUGGUACUUCCAUGGACCCAAUCAAUAGCAGCUCUGCAUCAUCGUCUACCUAAUACCCAUCAUCGUUUCACCAAUAUUCAUUUAUCUACAUUAUCAACUAAUGUCGCAAUCCAGCCGUUCGGUGUGGGUAACCUCUGUAAAACUCAGGAGGGAGAAAGCAGCGUGGCAGUCUUGUCUGAUUUGGAUGAGGUGUGCAGGAUAAUAUCUGAAAAUUUGGAUGCAGGUAAUGACAUGGAGUCUGCCCUAGAAAAAUGCGGUGUUCAGAUGUCCACAGAACUAGUUGACAAAAUUCUGGAGAGGUUCCGGUUUCAGGAAAAGGUCGCCUUUCGGUUUUUCACAUGGGCCAGUCAUCAAAAUGGCUACAGGCAUGAAUCCCAUACGUUCAAUGAGAUGAUUGAUAUACUUUCUAGUACCAAGUUCAAGUCGAAGCAGUUUGCUAUUAUUUGUGACUUGUUGAAACUUAUGAAAAGAAGCAGUAAUUCUAGGUUACCCAUUGAGGCAUUUGCCAAGGUACUGAGGGAUUAUACAGAAAAACAUCUUAUAACUCUGAGAAAAUUUGCAAAUAAGAAGAAAGGAAAGAUUAAAGCCAACCCUGAAGUCAAUGCAUUGAACAUGCUUCUGGACGCGCUUUGCAAGUGCUAUUUAGUUUCUGAGGCCCAAGCCUUGUUUGAUAAGUUAAGGAUUAAAUUUAAACCAGACGACAAGACUUAUUCUGUUCUUUUCUUCGGAUGGUGCACUGUUAGGAAACCGUAUAAGGCUAUGGAGAUUUUGAAUGAAAUGAUUGAUGUGGGUCAUGAUCCUGAUAAUUUCACUUACAAUACUUUGCUUGAUGCAUUAUCUACGGAUGGCCAUGUAGGAGAGGCCUUGAAAUUUUUUAAUUUUAUGAAAGAAAAAGGGUGUGCCCAGUCUGUACCUACUGCAAAGACUUACAGCAUCCUGAUUGUUGCAUUUAGCCAGUUAGGGAGAAUAGAGGAAGCCUUGGGACUUCUUAGUGAGAUGAGAGAUAGUGGAUGCCUUCCCGAUGUCCCGACGUACACUGAAAUGAUUGAAGGAUUUUGCAGUGCAGGAAAACUUGAGGAAGCCUUUAAGCUUUUGGAUGAAAUGAGAGACAAAGGGUAUCCUCCGGACAUUGUUACUUACAAUUGCUUUAUGAAAGUGCUGUGCAACCUUAAAAAUGUAAAUGAAGCCCUUAGACUUUUUGAUAGAAUAAAAGAUGUAGGUUGCCUGCCAAGUAUUCACACAUACAACAUGUUGAUAAAAAUGUUCUGUGAGAUGGGUCAACUGCAUAUGGCCUUCGACUUAUUCCAUGACAUGAAUAAACCUGGGGUUUGUUCACCUGAUGCAUUCACGUACUGUACUUUGAUCAAAGGGCUCCUUGAAAAUGGCGAGAUAGAAGAGGCCUGCUCAUGUUUGAAGGACGCUGUCUGGAAUAACAUGAGACUCCCAUACCAUGCCUAUGAUAACUUCUUGAUGGAGCUUUCAAAAGCGGGUGACCUACGAAGGAUCCAGUGGCUUUCAGGUUACAUGAGACAUUUUUAUCAUCAUAGACAGUCCAGGCGCUUUCAUAAGGCUCAAAGAUGGAGGAAAGGAGGGGACAAAGGAUGACCAUUUAUGGCCACUUUAAAAAGUAUCAUGAAAGAAUAUCAAUGUUUGUCUAUCUAUUUUUCCUUUUCCUGCCAGGCUGCCAGCAAUUCCAGGUGAAAGUACAACUCUAUCUUGAGAACUCAGAUAUCUUGUCUUGUAAACUAAAUUGUUCCAGUGUCUCAAGAUCAGUGGUGAUUUUCUUUUGUUUUUUAAAUGCUUCAAGUAACAUGUCUCCGAGGGGCAGUACCACACAACAUGGAUAUUUUUUUCACUUAAAUUCCAGGUUUAAGGGUGAUCUAUUUUACCAAAGUUGGGAGGGUGGACAAGUGCAAGCAGGCAGACCUUGACUGACUAUAAUACUUGCAAGGUAGUGUGAAAUACGGUGAGCUGCUAUGCCUGUAAUUAGUAGUCAUUGUAUUAACUGCAUACGUUAUUAUACUAAUA